AGCAAGUGCGCCGGAGCCUAGCGGUAGGGCGCGAGCGCGCAGGCGCGGCCGGGGGCCUGGCGGAGACUCCGGAAUCUCGGUGAGCCCCAGUCUGCGCCGCACCCCGAGUUGCCACCAUGGCUGCCUACAAGCUGGUGCUGAUCCGGCACGGUGAGAGCGCGUGGAACCUGGAGAACCGCUUCAGCGGCUGGUACGACGCGGACCUGAGCCCAGCGGGGCACGAGGAGGCGAAGCGCGGCGGGCAGGCGCUGCGAGAUGCUGGCUAUGAGUUUGAUAUCUGCUUCACCUCAGUGCAGAAGAGAGCAAUUCGGACCCUCUGGACAGUGCUGGAUAUCAUUGACCAAAUGUGGUUGCCAGUGGUGAGGACCUGGCGCCUUAAUGAGCGACACUAUGGGGGUCUGACUGGCCUCAAUAAGGCAGAAACUGCUGCCAAGCAUGGCGAGGCCCAGGUGAAGAUCUGGAGGCGCUCCUAUGAUGUCCCGCCACCUCCGAUGGAGCCCGACCAUCCCUUCUACAGCAACAUCAGUAAGGAUCGCAGAUAUGCAGACCUCACUGAAGAUCAGCUGCCUUCCUGCGAGAGCCUGAAGGACACUAUUGCCAGAGCUCUGCCCUUCUGGAAUGAAGAAAUAGUUCCCCAGAUCAAGGAGGGGAAACGGGUACUGAUUGCAGCCCAUGGCAACAGCCUUCGGGGCAUUGUCAAGCAUCUGGAGGGUCUCUCUGAAGAGGCGAUCAUGGAGCUGAACCUGCCGACUGGCAUUCCCAUUGUGUAUGAAUUGGACAAGAACUUGAAGCCCAUCAAGCCCAUGCAGUUCCUGGGCGAUGAAGAGACCGUGCGUAAAGCCAUGGAGGCUGUGGCUGCCCAGGGCAAGGCCAAGAAGUGAGGGCUAGAAGCAGAAGCAGAUUACUUUCCCAAGGAGCCCCUUCCCGCCACCCCCCCCAUCCCAUUCCUUUGCACCUCUCCCCUGUACAUGUCACACCGAUGACAUCUGUAGGCAUCUUAAGUUGUAGCUGUAAAUGGGGACCACUGGCUCCCACUUUCAUUUUAGCUAUUUUAUCUCUUGCACCCACUCCCUUCAUACAGCGUAGUCAGAACAGCACCUCUGGGGCAUGGCCCUCAGUCCAGGCCGAGGGAAGACUUAUCCAAGAGUGUUGAGAGGUAGGAACUGGGGGUUUUGCCAGUUUGUUUAUUACUAAGGACUUGCCUGAGUAGGGGAUAGGGAGGAACCAUGAAGGUGUGACCAAUGAGGAGAAGCAAGAGAGCCUAUUUAUGUCUUCAGGAGGCAGCUGGGCACUGUUCUAUUCAGGUGACUAGGGGGCUCUAGUCAUUCCAGUGGAAGAUGAAUAUAACCUGCAUGGUGAUUCAAACAGACAUUUCCUCCCUUACUUCAAAAGAUUGGGAUCAAUCCUGAAUGUUUGUGUGUUGCAUUUACUUUUACAAAAAAAACUAUAUAUAUAUAUAUAUAUAUAAAUACAAAAAAACCCCUUGUGGGGUUUUUAGUGGCGGUUGAAAUAUUCCCACAUGUGGUCAUCAGAAAAUAAGCCAUUCCUUAUACCAUCACAGGAUAAACUUGACUCCUAAGAGGUCGGAGUUCAUCCUGCUGUGUGUUUUAGAAUCCCUCCCCUGCCUUAUUGUUUUACGGCAGUGGAAUGCCUCUUGAUCAUGUCUAAGUGUGACUUUCACUGUGCCUGAGUUCUGAAUCAUGUUCCAGUUGCUUAGCUCAUCAUUUGGGCUAGGUACUCAUUUGAGCAUAACUGUACUAAAUCUUUUUUCCAGAUCAGUAUAAUAAAGGAGUGAUGUGCAAUA